AUGAAGCAGGAAAGGUACGAUAUCCAUUGCGAUAGUCAGAUCGCAUUGGAUUUGAGUAAGAAUGCGAUGUACCACUCUCGCACGAAGCACAUUGAUGUCAGAUAUCAUUGGUUACGUCAAGUAGUGGAAGAACAACAGUUCAAGUUGCAAAAGAUUCACACUGAUGAAAACCCUGCUGACAUGAUGACGAAAGUUGUAACAGGGGGAAAGCUUCAGCUCUGUGCCGAGUUGAUCGGCAUAGGAACCAGAAUAUCCCGUCGCGCCGUGUGCACUACCGCGCUGCAGCAUUGCUGCCAGCUCCACGCCGCGAGCCCCUCCGCGCCGCGUCGGACGUCCCUUUCACGCCGAGCUGAACCUUCACGCCGCGGUGCAGUUUCUCCUCGCGCCGCGCUACCUUGCCGCGCCGCGGCACCGGGCUCCAUGACGCCGUGCUCCUCUACGCGAGACCUGCACGGACUACAUAUAUCUCACCAUCGCGCCGCGCUAAGUCCCGCGAGAUGGACAGACAACGUACGCUGCUUUUCUGCCGCGCAGCGAAGUGCACCGCGCCGCGAAACCUCCCCUUGCCACGCCGACGAAGUUCUGCUGCGCUGUGGAGCUGCAUUCUGCCACGCCCGAGCCACUCCAUCGCGCCGCGCCACUUGGAAUUUUCACGCCGUUGACAAAUUAUUAAUACCCGUGGACCUGUUCUAUAUAAAUAAGCGUACGGGGUCGCGAUAG